AUGGUCAAACGGAAACUCGGCGCCCUUGAAAAAGUGGACGCAGAUCUCGCAAAUCUACAGAACAAAAUUAAACGCGAUCCGACUUCCUACCAGACCGACUUCCUGUACCAGCAUGUGCAAUAUGAGAACCAACGGCAGAUCUUCCUGCAAGCGCCAACGUCGGCCUCGGACAGCGGCGUCAUAUCGUUUCGCGAGUUGAUCGAAUUCGUGGCCCACGUGUCGGACUGCUAUAAAGAACAGACGAAAGAGUUCCCGCGGCAGCUCAUAGAAAUUCUGUCCGCGCACCAUGCCACGCUUGAACCGGAGCUGCGAGAGAAGAUUGUGGGCAGUCUGGUGCUGCUGAGGAGGAAGGAUCUCAUCGACUCCCAUACCCUACACCAAUCUCUGUUCCCCAUCCUGAUCUCGACGCCGAGCAAGUCUCUCCGCGCCCUGCUUUUUCAGAAGAUCCUCAGCGACUUGCGGACUGCGAACUCCAAAACUAUCAACCACAGAUUGAACCGGACGGUACAGACGACGCUGCACAACCUGGUCACGGAUGAUCGGUCCUCGCCGAAAGCCCUAUGGGCGGUUAAGAUCACCCGCGACAUGUGGAAACGACAGAUCUGGACAGACGCGAAGGCCGUUGAGAUCAUGAAAGAGGCGGCCUUGAGUGACAAUGAGAAAUGUAUCGUCGGCGGUGUCCGCUUCUUCCUCGGUGGCGACAAGGAGCGAGAAGAGCUGGAAGACGAAAGUUCCGAUGAAGAGACGGUCGACCUGGCCAAGCUCCGGCAUCAGGUAGGAGUUAACAAGAAGAGCAAGAAGGCUGGGCGAAAACUCGAGAAUGCCGCUGCCACCAUCCGGCGGAAGGAGAAGAAAAAGGGCCAACCGCAUCCGCUGAACUUCUCGGCGCUACAUCUCCUGCAUGACCCGCAAGGGUUUGCGGAGACGCUGUUCUCAAAACAUCUUCAAAACACCAAAUCCAAGUUGAACCUAGAGCAGAAACUGCUUGUGUUGCAGCUGGUGUCGAGGCUGAUCGGGCUACACAAGCUGACCGUGAUCAGCUUCUACUCCUACUUCUUGAAGUACUUGACGCCUCGACAACCGUCGGUGACGUCCUUUCUGGCCUCACUGGCACAGGCAACGCACAACUUGGUGCCCCCGGAUGAUUUGGAGCCCCUAAUCCAGAAGAUAGCCAAUGAAUUCGUCUCGGAAGCAGCAGCCGGGGAGGUGGCUGCAGCUGGGCUAAAUGCCAUCCGGGAGAUCUGUGUGCGGCAGCCGUUGGCGAUGAACGACACAUUACUUCAAGACCUCGUCAUGUACAGAAAAAGCAAGGACAAAGGGGUCAUCAUGGCUGCCAGAGGCCUGUUGGGUCUAUAUAGACAGGUCGGAGCGGAAAUGCUGAAGAAGCGUGACCGCGGCCGAGACGCCGCGCUCGGUUUACGUUCGGGCGAGCAGAAACAGCAAAGAUUCGGCGAAGAGGCCGUGGGCGAAAUUGAGGGGCUCGAUCUGCUGGAGAAAUGGAAAGAGGAAGAGAAGCAGAAAAGAAGACUGGAAAAGGGACUCCCACUGGACGCUUCUGACGAGGACGAUGAUGAGGAAGACUGGAAUGCUUGGGACAUUGAGGAAGACGACAGCGAUGAUUCUGGCGGUUGGAUCAACGUGGAAAGCGACGAUGAAAUCAACAUUAGCGAUAGCGAGGAUGACAAACCAUCCACAAAGAAGGUCCGGUUUGACGCACAAGCAUCGGCGGGUGACAAGGAGAAUGGAACAACGAAAGAAGGAAACGAGCAAGUCGACGCCGAUUCAAAUACGGCACCAUCGCAGCCGAAAACGACUUUGGCGACCACGCGAAUUCUGACACCGGCGGACCUGGCCAAACUGCAGGAACUCCGCACGACGGCGUCGGUGUCGUCGCUGCUGAAAACUCACAAGUCUCACCACACGGCGCGAACAGCACAGACCAAUUCCCAACGCCACAUGGAUGAUCCGCUGACCGCCGCGGAGAUUGAAGGGUUGGCAUCUCUCUCGCACGGCAAGGCGACUCGCGCCCAGAAGCAGGCAUUGCUGCAAGAACACAAGGACGACCGGGAAGACCACAAGUCCAAGGCGGCUAGGAAGAAGGAACGUAAGGAAAGCGAAGGCAAGAGUACCACGAACAAGGAGAAGGCGCGCAAGAAGAAUUUCCUCAUGACGCUGAGCAAAGCAAAGUCCAAGGGCAAGAGGAGUUUGGUGGAGCAUCGCAAUAUCCUGCGGGCGCAUGCGGAGAGAGCGAAGAGAGGAGGUAAGAGAGGAAAUAGAGGGUGA